CGUGGUUAGCUGCAGAGCCGAUUCCUACUAUCAGCCGGGCAGGCGGCGGGUGGCUGUCCUUCCUCUCGUUGCCGCCCAUCUGUCCUUUCGCCUUGCGUGGUGUGCCUGGUUGCCCUGUGUACCUACUAUUGUGAUGAUCCGGCGGCCCGCGUGCUGCUAGCAGCCAAUCACACAUCUCGACUUUUGCUCUCUGUGCCGCGUUACUAUUGGUGGAAUGUGCGUGAUUUGUCUAUUGGUCCUUUGUCGGUCACUUGGCGGGUCCGUCUGACUCUCGUCUCGCUGGAGCCGGGAAGUGCGGAUUGUCUGGUCCACCGUCGUAGUUUCCUUAUAUACCGGCAGCCGCGACAGCUGAGGUGCCCGGACGCGUUAUGGGCCGAUGCGUAGAUCUCUGAGUCUAUAAUGGCAAAAGCUGAGAGUGAUGUGUUUUUCGUGAAGUUUGUAAAGUCCUCUGACAACACAGAUUUCUUCUAUGAAGCAUAUGAGGAUAUCAAGGCAUUUCAGUCUGAUGAAUAUCUCCACAAAAUUGAAGAAAAAGAAGCUCUAAGUUUAAAAGAAAAAGACAAAUCUCUUUAUAUUUGUGACCCUUUUAGUGGUGCUCCUUUCAACCAUCUGAAGAAGCUUGGCUGUCGAAUAGUUGGUCCCCAGGUUGUCAUAUUCUGCAUGAGACAUCAAAAAUGUGUUCCUCGGGCCGAAUACCCUGUCUUCAAUAUGACAAUGGCUGAUGUUACAAUUUCUUGCACUAGUCUAGAUAAAGAGACCAGGGAAGAAGUUCAUCACUAUGUGCAGAUGAUGGGUGGAAAUGUCUAUAGAGAUCUUAAUGUUUCAGUAAGCCAUCUGAUUGCUGGCGAGGUUGGCAGCAAGAAAUACAUUGUGGCAGCCAGUCUGAAGAAACCCAUUCUUCUACCUUUGUGGGUAAAAGCCCUAUGGGAGAAGUCUCAGCAAAAGCUAAUCAGCUACACAGAUGUUGACUUAGAGGAAUAUUUAUGUCCAAUUUUCCUUGGCUGCACCAUCUGUGUCACUGGGUUAAGCAGUCUGGAUAGAAAGGAGGUCCAAAGGCUGACCUCUCUACAUGGAGGCCAGUAUACAGGCCAACUCAAGAUGAAUGAGUCCACUCACCUUAUCGUCCAAGAGGCAAAAGGACAGAAAUACGAGUGUGCUAGAAAAUGGAAUGUGCAUUGUGUGUCUAUCCAGUGGUUCUUCGAUAGUAUUGAGAGAGGCUUCUGUCAGGAUGAAAGCAUGUACAAGACAGAACCUGGGUCAUCUGCAAAGACUAUGCCAGAGACAUCAACUCCAACCGGAAGCAGCAAUAAAACAUAUAAUCAGGCACUCUCGGAUGUCAGUCAUAUUUCUAACAUUAGCACCAGCUGUAUUAAUGAAUCUGCCUUUAAUUCUGUGAUGAGUACUAGGCUGGAGCCUCCACCUGAUACUCUUGAGAGCUUGGACAUCAGUUCCAUACAGGCCCCAGAUGAUCUUCUAGAUGGCUGCAGGAUAUAUGUGUGUGGUUUUGGUGGCAGAAAACUGGAUAAGCUGCGCAGACUCAUUAACUGUGGUGGAGGCGUUCGAUUUAAUCAGCUCAACAGUGAUGUUACUCAUGUUGUUGUUGGAGAAAAUGAUGAGGAACUGAAGCAGUUUUUGAACAAGAUAGACCACAGGCCCUGUGUCCUUACAGUAAAAUGGUUAGUGGACAGCUUUUCAAAGGGGGUCUUGCAGUCUGAGGAGACAUAUAUUCAUUCUUCUUAUAAGCCGGCUGAGAUCAAAGCACCUAUUCCCGAUGCCUCUGUUCGCAAGGCAAGCAGCACCAGUAAGGCACCACAAACGCCAACCAACGACACUCGAAACCAGAAAGCUGAUGAAGAUCUCCUAUCCCAAUAUACAGAAAACGAUUCCACCUUGGUUGAUCCAAGGAAUGGUGAAAGUAGCAAUCAGAAGAACCUAUCCAAUUCAAGCAUGCAGGAUGAUCUACCCUCUUACGCAAACCAGAGUGGUCUGGGUGAAUCUUCCACAAUCAUUGGUGGUGGAUUGUUCAGUAGUAAAAAAUUUUUGGUGCUGGGUUUUGUUGAGGAAGAUGAAGCUUGUAUCAUAGACAUAAUAAAGAAGAAUGAUGGGAAAGUGCUAUCUACACAGAAGAGAAUCAUCGCUGAUUAUGCUUUGGUGCCUUUAUUGGGCUGUGAAGUGGAGGCUACAGUUGGAGAAGUUGUGACUAAUGCCUGGUUGGGAAUGUGUAUAGAACAAGAGAAGCUCUUGGACCCUCAAUCAAAUUCUCUCUUCACACCAGUGACUUAUCUAGAAGGGAGCACACCGCUGAAGGAUUGCGUUCUUUCUGUCAGCCAAUUUAUGGGUGCUGAGAGGGACUCAUUAGUUUACCUAGCAGGCCUUCUUGGAGCCAAAGUACAAGAAUUUUUUGUGAGAAAGGCAAACCCCAGAAAAGGCAUGUUUGCCAGCACCCACCUUGUGCUUCAAGAUCCAGAGGGCUCUAAAUAUGAUGCUGCUAAAAAGUGGAACUUGCCGGCAGUGACUAUGGCCUGGCUCCUGCAAUGUGCCAGAAGUGGCAAAAAGGCAGAUGAGAACCUUUUUCUUGUUGAAAACGCCUGUGAAGAUGAUAAAGAAGCAAGUUUUGUAAGUCAGACAUACAGACCACAAAUAAGGCAAUCAGUGGAUACACCUGAUCAUCAAUUUAAUCAUCCUGCAGCCCUGAAAAAAGCUGCAGUGACACCCUUAGAUAUGAAUCGCUUCCAGAGCAAGGCAUUCCAGUCUGUGUUGUCGCAGCACAACAGGAAAAUUCCAACCCCUGGUAGAGAAAGUAAAUUAACUAAAAGGGAACCAUCUCUACAUCUUGAUACUCCGUCCAAAUUUCUAUCUAAAGACAAGCUCUUCAAGCCCUCUUUUGAUGUUAAGGAUGCCCUUGCUGCAUUGGACACACCUUUGGGUCCCAACCAGAAGAACUGGACACAAAGCACCCCCUUGUCAGAGGUCAUUGGCAGAAAUUUACAGUUGGCUCUUGCAAAUAGUAACCGUCAAACUGCUGCUAUUACUGCUAGCCCUCAAUUAAAGGCAACAGAGCAAAAACAGGUUGAUGAAGAACCCAGAGUACUUAGUGAUGUAGUUAUUUGUGUGAGCAAGAAGCUCAGUAAAAGACAAGGGGAACUGAAUGGCAUAGCAGCCUCACUCGGAGCAGAAUACAGGUGGUGUUUUGAUGAAAGUGUAACUCAUUUUGUAUAUCAAGGAAGACAAACUGACACAAACCGUGAAUUCAAAUCCGUAAAAGAAAGAAGUGGCAUCUACAUAGUGUCUGACCACUGGCUCCUGGCUUGUGCAGAAGAACAGAGACUAGUUCCUGAGUCACUGUACCCUCAUACCUACAACCCAAAAAUGAGCCUGGAUAUCAGUGCAGUGCAAGAUGGAACACAGAAUAGCCGUAAACUUUCUAAAAGUACAACCUUCAAGCAUGUUGAGAAUAAUGAACUGCAAGAUGAAGAUGACCAAGUUGAACUCUCACCAGUUAGAGCAACUGAUGUUGGAGAAGCUGCAAGGGAAGUUAAAGGAGCUCUUACACAGACAUUAGAGAUGAGAGAGAAUUUCCAGCGACAACUUCAAGAAUUGAUGUCUGCAACAUCCAUGGUGAAGGCACAAGGACAAAGGGCAUCACUGGGCAGAGCAGGAUAUGACAGCUCACCUUGCACUCCGGAUGGUGCUCGCUCUACACGUAAUGGAAGGAUCAGGGUAUUAGAAGCACGAAGAAAUUCUCGCCAGCCCACAACAGACCUAAAUACAGAGCCAUCACAGAAUGAGCAGAUUAUUUGGGAUGACCCUACUGCAAGAGAGGAAAGGGCCAAGCUGGCGAGCAACUUGCAGUGGCCUAAUAGUCCCUCUCAGUGCACUGAAUCUCUGCAACCUCAGAUGAAAAUGCAUGGCGCUGAUCAAAUUCAGUUUAAGGAAUCCUUGACCGACACAGAGUUAGCCGAAAUGGAGGCAUGUGAACUAGAACACACUUCAGCAGGAGAAACCCACCGAAACGAACAAGACCUCCAAUCACCAGUCAAAGAGGACUGUCUAAUCCCCACCCCACAAGCCCCAAGUAUCGCAUUCCCACUUGCCAAGCCGCCAGUGGCACCACAGCCCAAGGAAAUGGAUGAGAAGAUAACAGUGGAUGAGGAAGAUAAGAAGGAGCGUCGAUUCCAGCUGUCUUCCUUGACUCCCCAGGAAAGAAUCGAUUACUGUCAACUCAUCGAAGAGCUCGGUGGAGUAGUGAUAGACAAGCAAUGCUUUGACCCAAGCUGUACGCACAUCAUUGUUGGGCAUCCUCUCCGUAAUGAGAAGUAUCUUGCCUCAAUGGCUGCUGGGAAAUGGGUGCUUCAUCGAUCUUACUUGGAGGCCUGCCGAGCUGAAAAGCAUUUCAUUCAGGAAGAUGAUUACGAGUGGGGAAGCAGUGCGAUAUUGAAUGCUGUUAGUAGCAUUAGCAUGCAGCAACGGAUGCUGGCUGAGGCAGCAAUGAGAUGGAGGAAGAAACUGCAGAAAAUAAAGCAAGGUCUGGGCACUGUGGAGGGUGCAUUCAGUGGGUGGAGAGUUAUACUAAAUGUCGACCAAGCUAAAGAAGCUGGGUUUAAACGUCUUCUGCAAUCAGGAGGUGCAAAGGUAUUUGUCGGCCAUUCUUCCUCUUUAUUUAAAGAGGCAACGUACCUGUUUGCAGACUUCAGUAAACUGAAACCAGAAGAUGCAAAAGUCAAUAUAUCAGAUGCCGCAGCACAAGGAGUGAACUGUCUAAAACCAGAGUUUAUUGCUGAUUACCUUAUGAAGGACCCACCACCUCCUGCCAGCAACUACUGUCUCCCUGAUGCUGUCCCUUUUCUUCAAGUUACAAACCAUGUGACCUCCCGCAAGAGAAAAAACUCAGAUGACACCAAUGAUGUAAAACGGUCGAGGCUGUAUUAAGAUGUUUUAGUAUUAUGGAUAUUUAUAAUUUCUGUGUAUGAUGUAUUCUCUAUUCAGUGGAUUUGUCAACAAUGAUCUUCUUCCCCUUAAGCAUUUGUUUAUUAAUAAACGUAUUUACAUGUACCUGUGCUACAUAUCAUAUUCCAUUUUUGUUCAUUGGUGUUCUAUAACAAAUGGAAGAGACACCCUGCUUUCUCAGUCAUCUAUUCAUUUGUAUUCAGUAGUGAUCCUGUCCACUUAUGUGUAAUUGAUACCAUUCCUGCCAACAAUUAUUAAAAUUUACAGACUAAAAUUGUCUACAGGUUUUAUGCUGGUUAUCCUACUACAUAUAGUACAACUGCAAUAUGUAAAUUCUAUUUAUAAGUUCCAUACAUUCUUUGAUGGUGCCAACAGUUGUUGGAUGGUUAACAACUGUUCUAUGUUAAUGCAUUUUAUAUACAAAUAAUUCCAGCUAUGAUAUUGUUGGAGUACAAAAAUAAACUACUUUUGUAAAUUUAAUGAUAACAAAAUAAACAUUUUAU